AUGAAUGUUUGGCAUCUACCAAUGUACGAUGAUACUAUACUGGACAAUUUGGAAGAUUGUCCAUUGUCCAGUAAUAUAUUCGAUGAUUCAUAUCUGCUGGGGAAUGAAUAUCAUCCGAUUUGCAGUGAGAUGGAUCGGAAUGGAUCGCAGCCACCGAUUUAUAUUCCCAUUUUUGGGCAAUUCUUGAAAACCAGCCGUGAACUAUCUAAAGAACUAGUAUCAAUAUUUAUUUUGCCGUUCGCUGUUGUAGCACUCUUUCUCAAAUGCCAACAAAUCUCUCUGACGUUGGGAAAUGUCUACCAGAAUUUGGAUAACUUGUUUCAUGAAGAUCAUUUCGAAAUCGCGAAAAAUGUCAUCAGUUUUGCAGGAUUCACAAUCAACAUAGCUUACUUGGUGCGGCUUCCAAGUUUGGUUAUGUGGCUUGAGCAACAUUCUAUAAAUAGUAGCAAAUUCUGCAACCUGUUGUUAAAACAGAAAGGAAAAUGGUAUGCGAUAAAAGUAUUCCUCAAAUAUGACGGCAAUGGACCGCUUUUGGAUAAAAAAUUUUGGAAGCGCUGCAAGGGACAUAUAAAUAUUCCGAGACAAUAUGAAGUGUAG